GAUCCACGUGAAGACCCAAAAGAUUUCAGCAAACCACUGCUGAAAGUUAUCGAUGAAAUAUACAGUCCGGUGUUAAAACUUAUGAGGCUGUUCGGCUUGUAUCUUGGAGAUACAAGUUUGAAACGUUUGGCUCAUACCUCUGGUUAUUACAGACAACCAAGCAUUCUUGCGAGUAUUAAUUGUUGUGUUAUGGUUGUUGGGUUCUGGUUCGAUGCUGUGAUGGCCUUUGUUGCUAUUUUUUGUGGAGAUGAUAUGUACACUUUCAUCUUGUUAGGCUUAUGGUGCGUAUUAAUAGCACUCAACGCAACACUUUGUCUACUUGUACUUUGUGUUCCCUUCACCGACACAAGAAAGUCCAGAUUUGGCUAUUUCCUCAUGAAGUUAUGUUCUAUCAAGACCACUGCCAGUUUAGAAAAGGUAAAAACCAAGUCAACCAGAGGCAUCAUUGUGUUUGGAUUCGUCUUCAUUUUCUCCACGGCUGGAAGUUUGAUGGUAUACCUUCUGCUGGGAAUAAACAUGGCUCACGGUAAGCCCUGGAGUCAGUGGUUUGGAUUUGAAAUAGUCUCCGUCGUUUUCCUCAUUGUUGGCUGUGGAGCGUGGUUACUGCCAGUUCUUUUUUACUGCAUAACUUGCUGGAUUCUGGAAGCAUUGUUUGAAGACUUACACCAAAGAAUAUCGCCCCUGCAUCCAAUUACUUUGGAUCUAAUAGCUUUUAAGAUGGAGCAUCAGAAGCUUUGUGAGGUGGUUAGCUUUGCGGACAAAAUGCUUCGCCUUCCUGUGUUUGAGAUGGUUUCUGUGUAUCUUCCUCUAAUUUGCUUCAACUUUUAUCAAGUGGUCAACUUACCUCCUGGAGAUAAAUAUAUCUCCCUUAUCAGUACCCUUUUUUUUCUACUGUUUGCUGCGUGUUCCCUGGCAAUCAUCAUAGUAUUUGGUUCAAAGGUCAAUGAACAGGUAAAGGAAUUUCUUUAG